UUUUGCAGACUGCUGUGUUUUGAACACCCACUGUGCAAAGAUUGUUUAUGUAUCAGGGUAGCAAGAAAUAUUUACAAUGCACGUAGAUGCAAAAAGAAACCACUUUGCAUCCUGUGCUGUUAAAUAAUCUUUAUUUUAAAAUAAAAUGUUUGAGGAUUUCAAUUCUUCUAGUUAUGGGCACUUGAUUGCAUUUUCAAUUUUUUAUGUUUGUUUACUUAAUAAAAAUCUGCAUACCGGAUUACAUCACCUCUUUCUAUUAAACAUCUACGUUAAUUAAAUAUCUUAUUAAUUUAGCCAGUUUGCAUUGUAUUGGAUAGGAAGACUUCAACCAUGGCAACUUGUAAACAAACAGCUUACGAACUUAUCCAAGAUGUGUUUUCACCUUGUAUUGCUGUUUUAUGUAGUAGUGAUGUUGAACAAAUUUGUGCAAAAAAUAAUCUAACAUUUGUUCAAAUGGUACAACCAUUUUGCCGUCUAAAUACUGAAGUUACCAUCCGAGAUCCCAACAAUGUGCCCUGUACCAUCAAAAACUUUAAGUUUAAUAUGAAACAUCUGCAUUCUCAGCCGCCAUCUCCUACUGCUGGGAAAAAAAUGAUGCAUGAUGCUGUUGCUUCAAAUAUUACAUCUGCUACUGAUGGAGUUCUAAUGAAUACUCUGUCUACAGAUAAUUAUUUUCUAAAAUAUUCUCCUUCAACUCCAUGGUUUGAAGCAUACAGAGAAGUUUUCUUCCAAGUCACAUCAUCUCCUGAACAUGAAUUUGUCCAUAAUUAUUUGUCAUGUAUAUUUGUUGUAUCAUCAUCUCAUCAAGAUCCACUUAGCCAAAUCAAUGAACUCUCUCAGCAAUUAACACAACACCAAAAUAAUCAUAGUUCCAGAUGGUUUUUCUCAUAUGUGUUUACCUACUAUCUACUUUUACAUGAUGUAUCCUCUGAUGAUUUAGGAAAAGCUGAAGCUGUUUAUCAGAGCAUGAAGAGUUCAUUUGGUGCCACAUCUUGUCAUUUACUUCAAAUAAAUUCAAUUCCUGAAUCUGCUCAAACUUCAAAUAAUAGUAAAGAUUCAAAUGAUACAGUUAUGGCUGAUCCUUGGAGCCAGUUCCUUCCAAAGUAUUAUGUACAAAAUAAUAUAUCAAAUAACCAGACUUCAGAAGAAAAUUCUAUAGAUGUUACAGAUGAAUAUAAAGGAGGUGAUUCCACAUCAAAGUGUAUGCAAGAAUCUGGUGCCAUUCAUCAUCCACUACUCUACAAUUCAGAUACAGAUGCUUUCAGUUCAGAUUCUCCAUUGAGAAAUUCUCAUGAAGAUAUAUCAUCUGGUUAUACAAAUAAAUUGUCUAAAUCCAGUUGCAAAGUGAAAAGGCAUGGACUGUGUCUUACACAAAGUGAUAUGGAUCGUAUCAAGUGUUUUGUUCAAGAUUAUUGUAUUCAAGGUCUCAUUCCAUUUAUUGAGAAGCGGGUUAGAUUGCUUAGUGAACAGGUUGCAAAUCGUAAAGGAUUGCACCGGACCCUAUUUGGUGUUACUAAAAAGUUUUUUGGCAAUAAACCUGGAGUUCAAAGCCCUGCAUCAUCUUUAAACUCAGUUGUAUAUGGACCUGAUGCUCCAGAACUGCAAGUUCGUAAACUUGGGGAUUUAGCAUUUAUGUUCCAGUUGUAUGAAGUAGCAUAUCAAGCCUAUCAUAAUGCUAAAAGAGACUUCAAUGCUGAUCAAGCUUGGCUUCACUUUGCUGGUGCCUCUGAAAUGGCGGCAUUAUCUGUUUUUAUGCAAAAUAAUUCAGCUCAUGAAUACCCAAUGCAUUAUAUGGAAAGUGCAAUUACCACAUACCUUCAUACUUGCAAACUCCCAGAACUUGCUACAAGAGCUACUUUUUUAAGCACAGAAUGCUUGAAAUCUAAAAGUUUGUAUAGUGAAGCAGCUAUACAGUUUGUGCGCAUGCCAAGUGAAGCAGAUUUACCUAGUGCUUUGUGUUUGGAGCAGGCAGCUUAUUGUUACAUUCACUGUAAAAUCCCUAAAAUAAGGAAGUUUGCAUUUCAUAUCAUACUUGCUGGUCAUCGAUUUAGUAAAUCUGGUCAAAGGAAGCAUGCUCUCAGAUCUUAUAAACAGGCUGAACAGGUAUAUCGUUCUUUAGGUUGGAAUUUUGCAAAUAAUCAUAUCAACUUUACAAUUGGCCGCCUCUCUGUCCAACUGGAUCAACUUGAAAGUGCUUGCUCUGCAUUUGAGCCAUUACUUGUGUCUAAAUGUGAAUUGCCUGCUGAUGAACAAGCAAAUUAUCUCAGGGAAUACUUAUUUGUUUUAAAGAGAUUAUUGUCCCAGAAUGCUGCAAAGGAGCUCCCUGUUUUACCUGUUCCUCUUAUUAAUUCUGAAGCUACUAAAGUUCUUCUGUCUGAAGAUACUACUACUUGUAAAGAUGAAUCCCUCUGUGUAAAUGGCCGUGGUUUUGAUAGAGGUGACAUAAAUAAUAAUGUAUGGAAUAGACUUGAGGAAAUAGUCAUUACUCGUAUUUCUAAUAAUAAUGUUUGCCAUAACAAUUUACACUGCUUUUCUAAUAAAACAGAUAAUACAACCAAGCCAAAUGCUAUAGUUGGAGAAACAAUUAGCAUUGAAGUUGUUUUAAAAAAUCCUCUUUCUGUUGCUCUUACCAUUCAAGAUGUGUAUCCCUUGUGGGUAUUCAUACCUCAAGCAGAAACUGGGGGCAAUUUAGCCUCUACUACUGUCAAAAAUGAACCAGGUUUUUGCCAGAUAGAUAAGAUAACAGAUUACAUUGAAACCAUGGUACUUCCACAAGUCAUGAUUGAGCCUCGCCAAGAGAAAAAAAUUCAUCUUCUUGUUACUCCUAAACAAAUAGGUGAAUUGAUUGUCACAGGUAUUGCUUAUAAAUUAUUAGCUCUGAAAUCUCAAGACAUUGAACAGAAUUUAGAUUCUGUUAGUAAUAGUCCUUCCAAUACACUAUCACUCCAAGGGAAACAGUGCUUUAAUAUAAGAGGUUCACGACUGAAUAGAACUACUGAAGAAAGAGCUUCAAAAGCUUACGCCCAAGAUAAUAGAUUAAAUAUAAAUGUCUUAAGCUCAAUGGCAAAAUUACAGGUCAAAUUUCUCUCAUUUCCAUACAGCCUGUUUUGUGGUGAAAUUCAAAAAGUAACUGCUCAGCUAACUAAUGUUGGAAAACAUAAACUACGUAGAAUAAUCAUGGCCUCUCCAAAACCAGGUUUAUUUGCAAUAGGAAAUCCUGGUGAAGUUAAUGAUUCUGACAGCAUUUUGAAAGAAAUCUCAUCUUCUAGACAACCAUCUCCUGUAAUAGCUAAAUGGGAGGCUGAUUGGAUGGUGGAAGUUCUAAUGUCCGAUGGAGAACCAUGUGUUUUGGAACCUGGAUCUUCUUUAGAAAUUCCUGUAUGGUUCAAGGGGCCUGAAACACCUGGGGAUCAUGCUUUAGACAUUCUAUUUUACUAUGAAAGUGAACCUCCUCAUCCUAAAUUAAGGUACAGAGUUCUUCAACUUUCUACUGUCAUUGUAACAUAUCCAGUUGUAUCUGUUCAGUCACAUGCCAUGAGAAGUUUCUGUCCUGAAGAGAAAUUAAGUAGUUUUCAUCCUGCUGCUCUUCCAAGUAGUUUAAUAUUAUCCGUUGAGGUGGCAAAUGCCAGCGAGGAAUUGAAUCAAGUUAGUCUUGUCCAAAUAUCCUGUAUAAGUAAAGAUUGGUGCUUUCUGCCUUCUGAAGAUAAUUGCCGAAAAGGACUGCCUGUGAUACAUUCUGAAGAGAGUCUUAUGCUAACUCUAAAAGCAAUUGGUUUUGAUCCUAAAGUCACAGUAUCUAGUCAAAAAGUGAAGGUUUUCUCUCACAUUCCUAUGGGGAGAGUUGAAGUUGAUAACAGUUCUACUCCAUGUAUAGAUUUUAGUCAAAAGUCAAGUCUAGAUCUUAGUUCCAUAGUGCCUGAUGACCAUAAUCCCUCGAGUUUACCUUCUGUUAAAGAAUGUGAUAAAUUAAGAAUUGAACAAGAUAUGAUUCUUUUAGUUGUGAUAAUAUGGAAGGCAAAAGUAAAUAGAAAUGGUGAAGAACGUAUUGUCAUUGGAUUACAUCAUGUGCCUAUACUUAAUCUUGAUCCCUCGAAUGUUGAAAUAAAGACUCCUUCUGUUGAAGCCGAGGAUAUAAUACCUGAAAAUGAAGAGUCUGAAGUAGAUCAACUACAUAGUUCUGUGCCUUCUGAUUUAGCUGUCACUGCAAUGUUGAAAUGUUCAUUGACACAUCCAUUUCAAGUUCUGCAUAAUUUUAGUGAGAAAAGGGUUAUUGUAAUCCCUGUUGAAUUUGUAGUUCGUAGCACUAGUGAUAUAGAACUGACUGUUGUCAUUGAUAAUUUAUCUCAUUUUGAGAGUAGUGGUGCUUAUAAUCCUGAAGAUGGUUAUGGCCAUUUAGUUCAAAGAUUUACUUGGGUUAAUGGAACGAAGAGAGAAUUACAUGUCAAACCCCAUGGUACAGUUCAAGUUCCGUUGCAGGCUAUGUUUUGUGCGCCUGGAACUUACAAUUUAGGUAAUUUAAAUAUUUUAGUGAAUGCUGGCAAGGACAGUUUAUUUGUAUAUCCUUUGCCCCCUUAUUUAUUAAUAAUAAACUCAUCAAGUAUGACAUAACAGUAUAAAACCUUUUUAGAAUUAAAAUUAUUGUAAUUAGUUUAUGAAAUUCUGUAUAAUUUGAAAUGUAAAAUUGAAUAUUGUUCUAAAAUACCUUUAUUUGUAAAUAUGAAAAUAUUAUUAUUGAAAACUAUUAUAAUUUUUAAAACCAUUGCUCAUGAUUUUUUCAUUGCAUAACUUUGAUAUAAUAUUCAGAUGGUGUGUAUUUUGGUAGAAAUAAUAAUAAAGAUUAAAACUUAUGUUUAGUUAUUCAUUUCAAUGUAUACAAAUUUAUGUUGAAUAAAUCACAUUUUUAAUCAAAUUUGAUAUUAUGCAAUUACAAGUUGAAGUAAUAAAUGUUUUUAAUGCAGUUAUAUGUUUUGGUAUGUUGAAUAUUUUAGAAAUUUUAAUUAUCUUAACUUUCUAGCUUUUUAAAGGAAGACUUAUUUAUGAAAAUGUUAUUACUAAUCAUGUUCAUUAUUUUCUGUAUAAUUUAAUGCAUAAUUUUGUACAAAAAUAAUUUUCCAUUUAAGUGAAACAGGAGAAAAAAUUCUGCUUCUUAAAAAAAAAUUAUCUCAUUUAGUAUAUUAUGCCUUAAUUAUUAUAAAUAUGUUUAGUGACUUUAAAGGAAUGACAUGGGGUUUGAAAUUUUUAUCAGUAUUAUGGUAACCAAUAAAUUAAAACUUUAAAAUUAAAAUACUCAAAAAAGUUAUGCAAUAAUUUACAUUAAGGAUUUUUAUCGGAAGGAUACUUAGAUAUCAUCUAAGGUUCUGUUUUGUGAGAAGAUAAUGUAAUUUGAUCAAUAACUUUUUACUAAUAAUUUUCAGUCUUAUUUAUAUAUAUAUAUAUAUAUAUAUAUAUAC